AUAUAAGUAUAAAACUUGGGCACUCUGAUAGAGUAUUACUCCAUCAUAGGUAAGAUUUUAUUUGGAUUAAUCACCGUGUUAUACAGUAAUAUUAACUGAUAACAGUUAAUAUGCAGUGUGGCAACUCGAACUGCUGCACAUCAGUGCAAAGUUCUACUUUGAAAGCAGUCCUUCAGACAGUGCUCAGUGUCAUUUCUCAGAUUAUUAUUAUUAUCAGGUUAAUAGUAGGUGUUUUCUUUUGGAUAGUGUUACUGUUUUGCAUUUUUUGUAUUGAUUUCUUGUUUUUGUGCGUGUCUUAUGAUUCUGUACUUUAAUGGCAGUUUGCUCUGUGCAUCAACCUAAAGCUAGGAUUGUAUCUAAUGAUGUCGGAUGCUCAACCUGAAACUGAGUCACACUCAAACGUUUAGCUAACCGGGUUACUGUAAUGGUCUUCACAGGAUAGUUGCCACCUGUAUCGUACAAUUAAUUGCACUCGACCAAUAAGAAUAAAACUUGUGCACUGUGGUAGAGUGUAAUUCCAUUAUGUAUUUAUUUACUGUAUAACACUGUGAGACUUUAUCAAAAUAAAUUUUACGCAUAAUGAAAUUCACUCGACCUACUUGACGAAUUAAUUGUAGAUGCCUAAUACUUAAAGUUUGUAUUCUUUGAAUUAUUUAUCUUAAUAUAUACUCAAGAGUGAUUCAUCUUUAUUCACCUUUUCAGAUAAUUUAUGACGCGCCACUCUAAAAACUGUACUGCUCAUACUGUUUAUACAUAUUACGAGAGGAAAAAUGAUGCUCGCAGAUCAGGCUUUGGUACACAGGAAAUCCGUUUGGGAAAGGAUUCAGUGAAAGCUCUUGAUUGUUGCUGUCUUUCUCUGCAGCCAGCAAAAGAUCCUGUGGUUACAACUGAUGGAUUCCUUUAUGACCGAGCAGUUAUCUUGGAAUAUAUUGUUAGUCAGAAAGCUGAGAUACAACGAAAAAUUAAACUGUAUGAAAAACAGAAAGCUCGUCUAGAUGCUGAGGCUAAAUUGUUCAUCAAGGCCGAAAAAGAAGAAGUAGCCCGACGCUUUUUAUCACUGAAUACUUUAGACACUCAUUCACAAGCGUCUGCACAAGCAGCUGAAGCAGAGGCUCUCGCCUCCCUAUCCCAUAAACGCAGUGGUGUGGCUGAAAAGAGUUCCUGUUUUUGGGCUCCCGCUGGCACAUCAGAUCAGAAGUUUGACAAGGAACUUAUGAGUGAACCUGACAAAAUUGUACGCUGUCCGAUGAGCGGCAAACCACUGAAGUACAAAGAUCUAGUCGGUGUAAAGUUCACCAACUUUGAAGAUGAUUCUGAAGUCAUGGGGUUCAGUCAGGCUAAACCAACGAACCGCGAAGUUAAAUAUUGUUGUGCAGUUUCCAAAGAUCCACUUACAAACGCAACUGUUUGUGUUGUUCUUAAGACUUCUGGUGCGGUUGUCACUAAAGAAGUCGUGGAUACUGUGAUAAAAAAAGAGAUGAUUGACCCGAUUAGUGGGAAAAAAAUGAAGACGGAUGACUUCAUCGAACUGCAAAGGGGGUCCCUUGGUUUUGCUGAUGAGAGAACAUUAUUAACUGCUAAACGUGUCAGGCCUUCUAUGCAAACUUGAGACUUUCAUUUCCCUGUACAUUAUUUAAGCUCACUUGUUUGUACAAAUAAAUUGGAAUAUUCCCCA